GUUUUCCAUAUUUGAUGCACUCUUAGGCCAAAUCUACUGGUUCUGAUAUACUGCUAGGUUAGACAUGGUACGCACCGUCAUGAUCGUUUCCGCUAGAGACAGUCACCAGACAUCAGAUAUGGACCAAGGGAUGGAUGGUCGCUCAGUGACUGAGUAUUCUUGGCGAUGGUGUGCUGAAGGUGUUGCUCAUCAAAACGAGACUGAGAGUGAAGAUAAAAAUGAGUAAUGGCUGACAGUCACUUCUUGAAGAAGAGAGGCACGGGUGAACCGGUGAUUUACGCAGAAAAGAGUUUGUUUCUCUUUAUCACCAGUUGUUGACUAGAAGGCUCUCUUUGUUUCCGUUUUUUCUUUUUGACCACUAUUAAUUUUGGA